CAGGUGGGCGGGGCACACUGAGAAAGCUCGUCUGCAAGUGCAGUGCAGGUCUGCGGCACGAGCGCAGGAACGGAGGGGGGCGUCAACGCACGAGGCAAGAAAAAACAAACAAACAAACAAACAAACAAAAACAAAAAAGAAAGCAAAGCCCAGUAACAACGACAUCCACAAACUUUUAUUUCACGUAGCAGUGACCGGCUCUCUCGUCUCUCUCUUAUCGACGCCUGAGUUGAACGCUCAUUUGCACACUAAAUGGCCAGCCCCGGUUCGGAUGCUAGACGGCAGCUCCAUCCGCAACAUCCGCACAGCGAGGCCGCCCCCGAACCGGCCGUGCGUGAGGCCCGGAAAUGGAUAGAGGCAGUCACUGGCAGAAGUUUCGGGGAGGAUUUCAGAGGCAGCCUGGACAACGGAAUCCUGUUGUGCGAGUUGCUCAGUUCGAUUAAGCCAGGCCUGGUGAAGAAGAUCAACAGGUUGCCUACUCCUCUCGCUGGGCAAGACAACUUGGCACUUUUUCUGAAAGGUUGUGAGGAGUUGGGAUUGAAAGGCUCUCAGCUGUUUGACCCAGGAGAUCUACAGGACACACGCAGCACUCGAGGCUCAGACUGCAACAAGAGGCUGAAAAAUGUUCUGAUCACAAUCUAUUGGCUGGGCCGGGCAGCCAAUAGCAGUGCCACAUAUAACGGGCCCACUCUGGAUCUGCGUGAGUUUGAGGGGCUGCUCUCACAGAUGCGAAAGGAGGUGGAGGACUGGGACAGCCCGAAGCGUAGCAUCAGGGACAGCGGUUACAUUGAUUGCUGGGAGUCGGAGCGCAGUGAUUCUCUGUCGCCGCCAAGGCACACGCGAGACGACUCCUUCGACAGUCUGGACUCCAUCGGCUCCCGCUCGCGCCACACGCCCUCUCCGGACGGCCUGUUUGCCCGCGGCUCCAGCGAUGAAGAACCAUCGAGGAGACAACGGGGACAACCUCGAACUUCAAUCGUCAUUUGGCAAGACUACACCCAGAGACGCCGUGGCAGCGACUCAGAAUGUGACAUCCCCUACAGGAAGCUACCGGAUAUGCGGCGGGAUGACAUGCUGGCGCGGCGGACAUCGUGCAGUGAGCCACGUACUGCAGUGCCCUUUAAUCAGUACUUGCCCAACAAGAGCAACCAGACAUCGUAUGUGCCCGUUCCAUUGCGUAGGCAACGCACCGAGCGUGAGGAAAGCUGCAAGAGCUGGAGCAGUGCCACCUCACCUAUAGGAGGAGAGAGAUCUUUCAGAUUUGGCUGCAGCGAUAGUGUAUUUGAUGACCCCGAGAGUGUGAGUAUGAUUGACAUGAGGACUGAGGAUGAUGGCCUGCUGCCACCACACAGUCAGGUCCGACAUGGGCUGAUGCACAGCCAGUAUAACAGGAUGAAGGAGGAGGACAGCCAGUGGCAGGAUGACCUGGCACGGUGGAAGAGUCGUAGAAGAAGUGUGUCCCAAGAUCUGAUAAAGAAAGAGGAAGAGAGGAAGACGAUGGAAAGACUGUUGAGCCGAGAUGAAGGCUCGCAGAGGCGGAAGAGUUUCAAGACCUACAAGGAGAUAGUGGAAGACAAGGAGCGUCGUGAGCGAGAACUCCAUGAGGCUUACCUGGAAGCUCGAACCCCUGAGGAAGCAGCUGCUGUACUACAACGCUACGCGCAGCGCUUCACGAUCAGCGAAGCUGUGCUGGAGCGCCUCAAACUACCCCGUGUUCUCGAGCGCAGCGUUUCUGCUGACCCCACACGUUCCUCGUCUUCCACCAGCGACCCAGUUUUCUUCUCUUCUUCCUCAUCCUCCAAUCCACUGCAGUACCUGCGUCAGCAAUCCCUGCCUGCGCAAAAGUUCACCACCACUGUGGAGGCCCAGGUCACGGGAUACGGGGCAGAGUAUGCAGCUGUGGGGAGGGAAGGACGAGGUUCAGGGGCAGCUUGUUCAAGCAGAAGUGUCCCGUUACUCAGUGCCAAACCCUACAGCCAUGACAGAGCAACCAAGCGCGAUGAAAUGGAGCGAGUUAAUGGGGAAGCGGAUAAUGACCACAAUGCCAAAGACAAGCGACAAUGGGAGAUUGAGAGACAAAGAGAAGAUGAGAGUGAAAGAGAGUACACAGGAGCUUCAUCUCCUUUGCUGUUUUAUCCAUCUCCUUCCCAUGACGCUGACUCAGACAGUACAGAAAUAGAGGCGUCCGAGACUCUGUCCUCAGAAAAACAAGCAACCUCACGCGCACCGACACAGAGUCUGGAGAUAGACACAGCAGACUUCGAGUCAGUAGAGGGGCAUAGCAUUGUGCCAGGACCUGAGAGACAGGAGGACGAGGACACACAGAAAGAAGGAACACUUAGCCAACCCACCUUCUUACCUAUGCAGCCACAACUUGAAGAGGCACUUCCACAGGCUGAGAGCAUACCUCCAACCCAAAAACAAAAGGAGUACCAAACCGAAGAGAAUGAGAAGUGUCCUGAAGAGCAUCCAGUGGAGAGUACUGACUCUGUUGCAGUCAGCCAGACUGAACAAGGCACACAUGCCUCAUCUAACAUAAACACUACUGAUAACCAGAUCAGUAAACCAAUCCAGGAACCCUCAGAGAGAACCGAGGCCCAUCCAGGUCCACCAGCCCCAUCCAGCCUCGAUCAUCCUCUACCCAAAUCUGUCCCCGGACUCCCCGUAACAGAACCUGUCGAGAAACAACAUGGAAAUGGAAAUGAUGUCGCCCCCACGGUUUUGAAUCUGGUGAAGCGGGGUGAGCACUUUUCAUGGGAUCCUGAGGAAGAGCGCAAACGACAAGAAAAGUGGCAGCAAGAGCAGGAACGCAUGCUUCAGGAGAAGUACCAGCGUGAGCAGCAGAGGCUGAAGCAGGAAUGGGAGAGAGCCCAGAAGGAAGUGGAGGAAGAAGAGAGAAGAUACCAUGAAGAGGAGCGUAAGAUUCUUGAGGAAACAGUGGCUCCUCUGACGCCCAACUCUCCCCUGCUGUCUCCUCCAUGCUAUAAGGACACUGCUCUCACACAGAACAGCAUCGUUUGUGACUGGGAACGCAAGCAAGUGCAGUUGGAGAAACAGAUGGUGGAAACUUUGGACAAUGAGAGGCAAAUGGAAAAUGGGAGGAAAGAACCAAUAAGGGCAAAUGAAGAACACUCUCAGACAUCAGGACGAAGUCCUCAAAAGCCAAGGUGUGACCAGUUACUGAGCCACCCUAAUGGACAGCAAGAAGGAGGAGCAGGAGGGCAGAGCAAGGUCCCUGAACACCUGCACACCAGUCAAGAUGCCUCAUGGAGCAGUAAGCAGCAGCCAUCAUCAGAGCCCUGGCAAAAGCCUGCCUCACAGGACAGUAACAGAAAUAUCCAGCCAGCGCCUGGUAGUCGUAAAAGGUCUGGCUCCAUAGAAAAUGCCGGUGCAAAGUCAUCAUCACAGUCCAUCUCGCAUACAGACACACAACAACCGCCGUCCCCAAACAGAUCUGUGAGCGGGAAGAAGCUGUGCUCAAGUUGUGGUCAUCCACUUGGUAAAGGAGCAGCCAUGAUUAUCGAGACUCUCAGCCUUUACUUCCAUAUUCACUGCUUUAAGUGUGGGAUCUGUAAGGGACAGCUAGGUGACACCUCCACAGGAACAGACGUAAGGAUCAGGAACGGUCUGCUCAACUGUCAUCAGUGCUACAUCCGCUCUCGUUCUGCUGGUCAGCCUACCAACUUGUGAGCAGGCACAUUAUGAUUGGAGAACACCUAAACAACCCAUCACAGCUUCUAACGAUCACCCAGUGCUUGGACUGGUCACGUCUCCACCUUCACUAAGACCAGUGCAAUAUUUCCAAGUCAAAGCUAAUUUGCUAUCUUCGAUAUCUUCCAAUAAACAAGCGUGUCAAAAGUGUGGUGCUUUUUCAAUGUCCACCUCAGCUGAUCAAUAAAACUCUGCAGACUUUUUAAACAAGAUGGGUUUUAAACUAAUACAUACAAUUCCACUCACGUCACUUUAAACCAGCACACUACAGAUAAGAGUCUUCUGCUGGGACUAUGAGAUGCUUAUAGCCAUUUUUGUAUGUUCAAAAAACACAAACCCAAUAUAUCUGAAUGUCGUUCACCCAUCACUAUGUGAAAAUGCGGUGUAUAUCAUUAAAAUCUCUGAGGUUGCAAUGUUUAUCUUGAUUAUGCAGGAUUUACUUGGUGCAGUGGUCCCUUCCAAUGACUUGAGAUCAUCCAAUCUGUACUAAUUGGGUGCCUAUUUUCAGACAAUACCAGGAAGAUGAUGUAGGCCACUGCAAACUGUUGGAAAUACACACACAAAAACAACAACAUUAGCGCACCAUUAUUUUUUUUAAUCCUUCUGUGUCAGUAAAAAUGAGAAUUUAGAGCUGGUUUAUCUAAUUUGAAUCGUGCUCCACCUCUGCUGCUGUUUCUCCUUCAUCUUCUAUCAUGGUCUUCAUAAUGGCGGGAAGCUGGCCAUAAUCAUGACUGGGAAGCAGACCAUAAUCAUGGCUGCACCUGAUCGAUAGACAUCCAUUUCCCCCCUUUACAUUUCCUGGGCCGAAGGAGGAAAAUGUCCUCGCGUACCAAGUUAAGGUUUCUUAGUUUGGACUGAUUAAGUAAAGCUCAUGUAUACCGACUGCUUUUGUGGUGACAAAAGCAAUUGCAUCUAUCUUAAAGUCAUUUUAAGAUGGUUUUGGUUUAUUAGUAGAAGGAAUGUUAAUGCAUUGAAACAAUGUGCCUUAGAAUGAAUGAAUGAAUGCACAAAAAGCAGCUUGAGAUACAAUAUUGAAUCCAAAGACUUUUGUCUUUAGUCAGGACAAAACAUUUUUUUUGGCUGCAGAGAAGGAAAAUUUAACGGGGAAAUUUGGAAAAUCUCUUUUUCUGAUCUCUGCAUCCUUCAGUGUGUAUGUUUAAUUUACACACACACACACACACACGCAUACAAAAAAAAAAAAAACUGUUCUGUCUUAGAAAUAAAGGUACCAAGCUGUACUUUUCCUGGUCAACUGCGUCAUACCAUCGAGAGUACAGCUUUUGUACCUUUUAGUGUGUACAUUUUACCAGGAAAUGUGAAUAUAGCAUACCUAAUAAAAAUAUAAAAUCAGUAAUAAGGGACAUAAUUUGACCUGAAGGACCACUUAAAGAAACACUUCAUGCACCUUCCUUCCCAGGUAAAAGAUAACAUACUAAAGGUACAAAAUAUAUACACUUGAUGGUACCAACCCAGUGACAAUUAAAAGUACAGUUUGGUACGUUUAUUUCUAUGAGAAUAGUUGAGUUGUUUACCUAAAUCUGGCUUUGGCUGAUCCGUAAAUGAGUCAAUGAAAAACCACUUGAGGGUGUCCUGUUUCUGCACACAAAUAGCAAUACCAGGGCUUAUGUUUAUUUUAGAAACAGUUCUAUUAUCUGCCUAGAAACCACUCCACUAGCCGUGCUUAACACAGUCUAACCAAUAGCUUUUUUUCCACGAUACGUACCUGAGCAUAAGGGUGGAAACCUAAAAGGCUUUUGCUAAAAAAAAAAAAAUCGAUUAAUGUUCACCUUUCAAUAAUUUCAAUCACUGGACAUCUAAUAUGCUCUCAUAAUUUCUUGUAUAGUCAGUGUUCUGCGCUUUGGGUCUGGUCGCGUAGCUAUUAGUCAUAACAGGCAUAUAGACUACAUACAGAGCGGAUGCAUUUUGAUAUGGUCUAGGAUGAAUGACCUACCUUGGGAAUGAUAUCAAAUCUAAGGUAUAUUUAUUGUGAUCUUCGAAUGUACACUAUUCGAAUAUAGAUUACUUUGUUGUUCCAAUGCGAUUGCUUUACAGUAUACUCUAUGUUUAUAAAUAAAACUCUUGGAAAAGAU